UGGCUUUGGCUCGGUGAUACCGAAAAGUCACAGGCAAAAUUGCAGGGGAGGGAGGUAGUAGCAGAGAAGGGGGGUGUCGUUUGAGGUUGCAAUUCUCUGCACGCUUACUUAGCUCACGAGUUCCGUGGAAAGGAGUUACUUCUGCCGACCAGGCAUAGAUAUCCUUACGGAGGACUGCCAGCCGAUCCUUGUCACCCAAGGGGUAAAGCCCCAGUAAAUAUAGCAUUAUUGAGCGAGCAAGCGUUGACAGAGAAGACAACGUGAAUUUUAAUCUGAAAAAUGCAGGCUUUAAUGCCCGAACCUCAAAUUUAUGUUGAAAGAACCUUGGCAAUCAUCAAGCCAGAUAUUAUCAACAAAGAAGUAGAAAUAGAAGAUAUAAUUCUCAGAUCAGGAUUUACUAUUGUUCAGAAAAGAAAGCUUCAGCUAAGUCCAGAGCAAUGUAGCAACUUCUAUGUAGAACAGUACGGGAAAAUGUUCUUUCCAAAUCUGACAGCUUACAUGAGUUCUGGACCUUUAGUUGUAAUGGUUCUUGCUCGGCAAAAGGCAAUCUCAUACUGGAAGGAACUUCUUGGACCCACAAGUAGUAUAGUAGCUAAGGAAACACAUCCUGACAGUUUAAGAGCAAUCUAUGGAACAGAUGAUCUGAGAAAUGGACUUCAUGGUAGUGCCAACUUUUCCUCAUCUGAAAGAGAAAUCCGGUUCAUGUUUCCUGAAGUAUUGAUUGAACCAAUUCCAGCUGGACAAGCUGCUAAAGAUUACCUUAACUUAUAUGUCAUACCUACUCUACUGAAAGGACUUACAGCGCUGUCUAAGAGGAAACCAGCAGAUCCUUUUAUAUGGCUGGCUGAUUGGCUAAUUGAAAAUAAUCCAAAUACACCUAAGUUGCGGCAGAAUGUGAUUGUGGAGGAACCUUAAGAGAAGAGGCUGCUAGUUAAAUCUUGACCAAUUUCCUGCAAGUAUCACAAGUUGUAAUUCUGAAAUCAUUUUUCUAUUGAGAAAUACUACUAACUGGAAUUUGCAGAUGGAAGAGUCAAUAUACAUAUUUGGAUCUUAAAUUAAUAAAGAAUAUUUGUUGCAAUUAAGGCAUAAAAAUAACAAGUGAAUUUAUUUGUCUAGUUCAGGGUUUUUUUUUCCAACUGCUGAGCUCUGGCAUAUUUGCAAAACGGCCAUAGGUGUGCCCUAUAAGUGAGCCAGAGUAAAGGACAAGAAGUGUGCAGCUAGAAUCUCAUCUUCCUGAGUUCACUGGGGAUGGGCUAUCUCCAUUUUUUUUUAAUUUCUCCAUCUGAUUCCCAACAACCUGUGAUGUCACAAGACUUCCAGUUUCUCCACCUAGAAGUCCUUUCUAUGAGAUAUGUGCUAUAAAAUGAAAAAGGCUGAGAGCCACCCAUCUAGUUUAUAUCUUACAGUUAUCCAAGUGAUAAAAAAACUAACAGGAGGGUCUCCAUUUUACCCUGACAGCCUUGUGUCAGAAGUUGGUCUCAGAGUGACUAGCUAAAAACUACUUACCUUAUAGAUGGAGUUGUAACAGAUCUCCGUAGUUCUUGUCCAGCAUGUUAAUUGCUACAACAAACUGCCCUUAGUUGAUAUAAGGUUUUAUAUAGUUGGUAUAAGGUUUGCACAAUUCUUUAUUUGUAUUGAAAGCAGUUUACUUAUAAAACCAUAAAUAUAUACUUUCAUUGAUGCAUGCGGGCAUUGAUAGUAAAGUAAACAUGUUUGGACAGAUACUUAUUCAACAUUUUAAAUCUGCAUUAUUUUCUAAGAACAGCUUUUCAUUUAAGGCAUUUAUACAAAGUAAUAAAUACCAAAUAUUAAGUGCAAAUAAUUCACUAUUCAGGUAGAUUUUCCAUCUUAGUUUAGGAUGACAACUUUGUUAAUUCUUAACCUUGGUAAGACUACUAUACCUCCCAGUGAUUCAACAAAAGAACAUCUAAUUGGUAUUCCUAUAUUAUUUUGGUAUGCUGGGAAAUAUUCUGAUUAAAAAAAUAGAAGACAGAAUUUAAUGAAUAAGAUACUCGGUCUGGAGACUAUGCCUGUUGCUUGGACUAUAUUCAUUCAACCUCUGCCUUCUGAGCUCUGAAUAUGGUGCUUCCAUGAGAUACUUAUACUUGUGUGAAUGAAUCAAACUCAUGACAUUUAAGUUCCUAUAAAAAGUUGCUCCUUUAAUGUUACAUAUCUCCUGAGUUCUAAUGUUAUUGUAAUUAAUCUCGUAAUUUAAGAGAUUAGAAUCAUUAAGUGGCCAUUGUAUUGCUUAUAAAAUGAAUGUAAGUUACUGACAUAAAAGGACCAGAUGAAAACCUCA